AUGGUUCCGUCGACAAUAAUGGGCAAGAUUGUGGGCGGACUGUGUUCCCUGUCUGGUGUACUUGUAAUCGCGCUUCCGGUUCCAGUCAUUGUCUCAAACUUCUCUCGCAUCUACCAGCAGAAUCAGCGUGCAGACAAAAGGAAGUCACAGAAAGUGAGUUACUCUCCAUCCUUCUGUCGCCCUCCCUCCCUCUCUAUUUCUGUCCAGUACGUUUGCAGAUUUUACCUCGACUUUCUUGCAAUGUCUGCGCAACAUAUUGCCUACAAAAACGCCCCAGUGACUUAG